AAAGGCGUCAGGGGGUCCGCGGGAGCCCGGCGCGAGAUGAGUUUAGAGUCCCUGUUUCGGCACAUCAUCUUCUCGGAGCAUCAGGCCGAGGAGGGUCGCCGCGUGAUCCGAGAAGUAAGGUCGGAGAUAAACAGAUGUCGUGAAGAAAUGAAGAAAGCAGCCGAGCUGCUGAACGAGGAGAAAGCCAAGUUGGAAUCUAAGGUUCAGCAGUUUUCUGAAAAAGCCUUCCUCUUACAGCUUUGGAAAAUUCAUGAAAAUGCCUUAGAAAGACAAUGUAGUGAAAUUACAAACCAGAGGAAUAUGCUUCUCGAAACCUUUGGGGCUACAAAGAAAAAGGUGACCGAGGAGGAAGAAAAAUUUAUUAAGGAAAUUGCAGACUUCAAUAAUGAGUAUGAAGUAACAAAGAAAAGAAAGCUUUUGAUGAAAGAAAAUGCCAAGAUUGAAAUAUCUGCCUUAGAAAACCAGGCAAACAUUUUGAAGAGGGAAAUGAAAUCGAUGGACCAUGAUAGUGGCCAGUUAUGUGAACUUCAAAAACAAAAGAGUGAAUUAGUACAAGAAUUACUUACUGUGCAGAGAAAACUUAAAGUUUUUGAAGAUAAAAAGAUUGAAGCCAUUUGUACUACCAAAUACCUAGAGGCAGAAAAAGUAAAGAUCAAUGAAAAGCCUCAAAAUGAUGCUGAGUGCUUAAGACUUAAAAAAGAAUUAGAACUUUAUAAGGAAGAUGACAUGCAAAGUGCCUGGGAAGCUCUCCAAACAGAAAUAGAAGUUUUGGAGUUGACAUUGGCACAGAAGGAUCUUCAGGAAAAUAAAUAACUUGUGGAGAGCUGACCAAAGCUAUCCAAAGUUUGAUGAAAGCAUCUUAAAAUCAAAUCUUUGUGAUAGAUACACGAACAAUACCCAUUACAACAGAUUUUUGUGGAAAACGUGAGGUUCAGAAUGUUCAAAGUUGUUGCUACCUAGAAUUAGUAUAUUAGCACUUUAAAAAUGUAAUUUUUUGUCUUGUUACUUGCUGGAACUUUAAAGCUCUUUAUAGGGUUUGAUUUUGUUUCUAAAGGAAGAAAAAAGGACAGGUGGAUACUGUGUUCUCGGGUUUCUUAUCUCCCCUGACCCUUAAGCUGAUCUGUACUUUCUGAUGUUGUUCAUUUUUUGUUGCAGUUUACCUUGGGUCCAAUCAAACACUGGGAGAGAGAAAUGAUCAGAUUAUUGACUCAAUUUUGUCCCUGCCAUUUCCACCCACAAAGAUGUUCACUUUCAUUUUAAU